GUAUCGAAUUUCAAAACUUCCUUUCCAUUUACUUUUGCUGAAGCUUCUACUCCUAGCUCUUCUCUCUCCAUCGGUACCCUGUCUCCCUCUUUUCUCUUUGUCAGUUUGUCGCCUUCUUCUUUAGCCUUGGUGCUGGUUCAUGGAUUUUGAACCCUUGUGGGAUCUUGGGGGGUGGUUUCUUCUUCCAAAUUGCAUGGCAGUGCCUAAAACAUCAUCUUCCAUCUCUGAAAUCCACACUAAAUCCCACCCUUUUCUUUUCUUUCUUGCCAUCCUCUUCAUUUUCUUCCUGCUCAUUAAUUUUUCUAACUCAAUAAACCCACCAUCAUCCAUGGUGUCGUCCUCGGUGUCCAUCAAAAGGCUUCUCUUGGAUCCCUCAGCAUCGUCUGCUACAUCUACCACAAACUUGCACCCAAAGCAAACCAGGAACAAGCAUACUACUUCCUCAUCAUCAUCAUCAAGUUCCAGUACUAAAAGGGAGUUUGGAGCUGCAGCUCACGAAGUUCCCAGUGGUCCAAAUCCCAUAUCAAACUAAAGUUUGUAUUAAAGCAUUGUGAAAUCCACUACUGUGCAAAAGGACUAUCGAUCCAUCGAGUAUGUAACGGCAGAGUUAUAAUUAUUGUCAUCUUAAAUUAUGGCUACUGUUUGAGUCCACAUUUAAUACUGCUUGAACUCUGUGAGAGGUUUGUUUCCUAUGUUGUCUUCCUCAUAUAUAAUUGUUAGCAUUGCCUAUCUUUUUUGCUAGAUAUUAUUGUAUAGCAAAAGAUCAUAUAUAUAAUCUAUUUUACUAUGUGCAUGUAUGUCGAUCGCCAUAUAUUGAUGCCAUGGUUAUGGUUUGUAUUAUUUAUUUAACAGGCGAGAAUUCAAGACAUAAUAUUUUAUGAUUUGUUUGGUUUAAAUUAGUGUUUCUGUAAAUGGAUUCCUUUUCCGUUACCU